GUUUAUUAAGAAAAAGAAGAACAAACCAGUUGCGGCAACCCUUCUAAUCUUCUUCUUCCUCCUCCUCCUCCUCCUCGCUAUCGCUAUGAAUAUGAAGAAGAACAACAUAACUUGUAUUGAAUCUUCACAUCAACAACAACCAUCCUUUUCUUCUACCAAAACAACAACCGCAGAACCUGAUUUUCACUUACCGGAUGAUUGCUGGGAGCAUGUCUUUACAUUCCUCGACGGCGGCGACUUUAACUCUCUAUCCCUCGUCUCUAAACACUUCCUCUCCAUCACCAACCGACUCUUAUUAUCCAUCACUGUUUUUUCUCCACCACCUUCUUUACUCUCUCGUAUCUUCCAGAGAUUCUCCAGCCUUAAUUCUCUUGAUCUCUGGUUUGAUCCUUGUAAUCUCGACGCAGGUAUUGCUUUGGCCCUCCGUGACAGAGCAACAUUGAAAUCUUUAUCCAUUUUCAUGAUUAAGCUGAAUGAUGCAAAGUACCUUGACAUUGACGUUACUGCAAUGUAUAUUGACUCAUUCAUGAGUUUGAAGGGGUUGAAUUGUCUUAACUUAUGCAAUUCCAAAAUCUCAGAUGAUUUGCUCUACUCUAUCGCAAGGGAGCCUCUUCCUUUGAAGAGUCAUUGUAGGAAUCUCACAGAAUCAGCCUUGUUUGCACUCAUAAGAAAUUGUCAUUCACUCAGGGAGAUCACAAUGGAAGGCAAAUAUAAUACAAGGAGAGAGAAUGUAGAAAAGUAUGAUGCUUUGAAGGGUUUUCAUAUGAACCCUCUAUUAAAGUUUCUACAUUUGGCUAACAACUCAUUUAUAUACAAUGAAAGCCUCAUAUUGUUUGCUUCCAUUUUCCCAAAUUUGGAGCUUCUUGAUUUGAGUUUUUGCAAACGCAUAUCUGAACAAGGUAUUUGUCAAAUUCUAAGUAGAUGUCAUCGGAUUAGACAUUUGAACUUGGAAUCCUGUAUUGGAGUGAGACGACUUAAAAUGAACUUUGCAGUUCAUCAAUUGGAGGUGUUGAACUUGUCAGGUACACGUGUUGAUGAUAAAACACUAUAUGAGAUUUCAAAGAGUUGUUGUGGACUUUUGCAACUAUUACUAAGAUGUUGUCCUCUUGUCACAAAAAAGGGAGUGGUGUGCGUGGUUGUAAGAUGCACACAACUGAAGAAGAUUGAUUUAGCAGAUUGUGAUAAUGUGCAUGCUGAUGAUGUUGUCUCAAUGAUUUCUUUAAGGUCGUCAUUAAAUUAAAAAGAGAUAACUGCUCCAUCUCAUUUUUGUUUAAGUGACAUACAUAGAAAACUCUUCUUGCUUCAGGGAUGUUUCGUUGGCUAGUUAUGGAUGUCUUGUUUGCAAAGUUUUAACUCUUAAAUCUAAGAUGUUUUUUUUUUCCUUCUAGGUUUGUUUAUGUAAGAGAUGACUUUUUUUAGAAUACCAAUUUACAAAUAUGUAUUUCGUCAUUUGUUUGAUGAUAAUUACUUAACUAUGGUGUUAUAUUUUUAUAUGAAGUUUUAAAUUUUAAUGUUUUUCUUUACUCUUCCUUAAAUUAUAUUGCCUGCAAAAGAUUUUUCUUAUUAUAUGUGUAAGAAAUAAAAGGCAAUAUGGAGAUUCAUCCCAAUCAUCAAUGGCUUAAUUGAACUAAUUGACAGACAUUUGGAUUCCGUAACUAUAUCUCGAUGUCAUUGUCUUUGGUUGGAAUUGAAAAGAUAACAAUUUAGUUUAGCAAUCAAUUUGAUUUCUAUAUCUGGAUGUUGCAAUAUAGUUUGAAUUGAAAAAAAAGUU